CAUGAUGGCGAAAAGAUAAGUCUAUUAAAAAAAUACAUAUGUAGACGUAUUCCUAGUGUUCUCAGUUGUAAUCAAGAAGAAGCAGUAAUCGUGUUCGCUUUUGAUAAUACGCAUAUGCCUGCCGAUAUGAUCGCUCAUCCUGGAUUUUUGAUGGCAUUCAAACCGGGAGCAUUGUAUUCUUUAGACUUUGAUGAAUUUAAAAGUGUGCCAGAUACCUUGGAGCAAGUAGAAGUUCUUAGAUGGGAUUUGUUGAUAAUGUCGCCUGACAAUGAUUUAUGGGACCGCGUUAAUUAUCUACUGGGGAAAAUAGAUUUUCCAUAUCGACUUACGAGGGCUAUUUUAGAAAGAUAUAAUAUAAAUAGCUGGCCAUCUGGUAUAUCGGGUACACAAUUGCAAUAUAAUGAAGAAAAGAAGAUACUUUUAAAUAAAUAUAUAUGUAGGCGUAUUCCGGGUGUUCUCAGUGAUAAUAAAGAAGAAGCGUUAAUCGUGUUUGCUUCUGAUAAUACGCAUAUGCCUCCUGAUAUGAUUGUUGAGCCAGGACUUUUGAUGAUAUUCAUUCCAACUUUGCAGAGGUACCUGAAUGGGAAAGCAUGUUGUCUGGUAUGCGAAAUGUUUUUGAAAAAGAACAUUAUGACUCGCUUCAGGAUUUCAUCGAAACCGCGGCAAAAUCCCAAAGACUGUUUAUGA